AUGGCGGCAUUUGUACCAUCAGAGGACCAUAUACGGCAUUGCAUGUUGUUUCAUUUUCACGCUGGUUUGAACGCAGCUGCUGCGACUAGAAAAAUUUGCGAUACGUAUGGCGAAGUGUUGGAAGUUAACAAGUGUCAAAGUUGGUAUAGAAAAUUUGCCGCAGGUGAUUAUGACCUUAAUGAUAUGCCGCGAAGUGGCCGACCCGUACAGUUCGACGAAGACGCGCUGAAGUCGCUAGUGGAAGCAGAUCCGAGAUUGACCAUACAGGAAUUAUCGAGAAGCCUACAAUCAACCUGGUCAACCGUACAAAGACACUUACAUCAAAUUGGCAAAAAGUGUAGACAAGUUGUUUGGACUCCACAUGAAUUAAGCGAAAGCAAUAAGGACCAGCGACGAACAAUUUGCACAUCUUUAUUGACGAGACUGAACUCAGAUCCAUUUUUAAACAGGAUCGUAACUGGUGACGAAAAGUGGAUCCUGUACGAUAAUGUAAAACGCUCUAGACAGUGGCUUUCAGCAAAUCAGGCGCCAAGACCGACAUCAAGACCAACAUUGACAAUGAGGAAGGUUUUACUCUCAAUUUGGUGGGAUUGCAGUGGAAUCAUACACUUCGAGCUAGUGAGAGCAGGCAAAACGAUAACAGCAGACUCAUAUUGUUCACAAUUGGAACGACUUCAAUCAAAGCUAAUUGAAAAACGGCCAGCUCUAAUCAAUAGAAGAGGAGUCAUUUUGCAACGUGACAAUGCCCGCCUCACACAGCAAGAAUCACGCAAGAAAAAAUAA